AUGUCUACGGACAGCUACUCGCCUCCGGACUUGCAAGUUCCGCUGCCGUCCACAUUGACGGGGCGCAAGCGACCUAAACUACGAUCGUCAUGCGAUGCUUGUGGGGGGGCGAAAGUGCGUUGUGAUAAGGUUCAACCCCACUGCGGCCGCUGUGCCGCCAUGGGACUGACUUGCGUCUACGGACUGUCGCGCAAGAUUGGCAAACCUCCCAGAGGGAAGCCCGCCAUCUCCGAACGAAUCGCCCGAGAAAAAGGCAGCUCAACCCCACACUGUACCCCUCGAAUGGUAUCCGAAUAUUCCAUGCAUCCCUCGCCCCAACAUGCAUUACCGCCCAUCGAUGUGCCCUCAGGUAUUCUGUGCGAUCUACCCUCUUCAGCCUCCCAUCCAGUUGCGCCGAUGGUGGAUAUUAACGAUGUCACCGACUUCGAGGUAGAUUCAGGGCUGGGAACCUCGAUUGACUUUGACAUGUUCGCCGGCUGGGGUUUCCCCGAUCACACAGAUGCGUUCAUGGGAAUGGGGGACGCGGAAUCCUUCGCAAAACCGACCAGUCUCUCGCCCGCAUCGGAUGAUAAUAUUCACCGCAACGGGGCUAAUUGUCACCGAACAGCAUAUGGUAUGUUGGAAAGUUUAUGUUUCCGCUCGACGCCGGAGGAAAACCCGAGCGUGCAAACGCUGGACCAAAUUUUGCACCGGAACGAAGAAGUUAUAACCAAACUCCGUCAACUUCUCAAAUGUAUCUGUUCGCGGUCUCCACAUCUCACCAUGCUCUAUGCAUCUAUUCUAUCCAAAGUCCUGAUCUGGUACCAACAAGCUGCCGGCUGUAAGCAUUCGUCCUCGUGGCGUUCGUCAUCGUCGACAUAUGCUGGGUCCGGCAGCUGUACAUCAAGUUCAGGGCAACAAUCGACUACCCCGUCACUCGCUCAGAGCACGGGGUCUUUAAUUGUGUCCAAGCCGAUCAUGAUAGGGACCUUUGCUGUUAAGGAGGAAAGUACCCAAGAAAUCCUCAAGAAGCAGUUGAUCCUGUGUGAGCUAAAGAAACUGAGUGCCUUGAACGAAAUAUUCAGCUCUCAAGGCUCAGCAGGAAAUCAUCAUUCGGGCGGUGGGGUGGAUGAUCUCGAUUUCGUAUACAUGUAUCUCAUUUAA